ACCGAGCUGGGCGCCGUCCUAGAGCCAAGCGCCCGCCAGAGCGGAGACUGGGGGGCGGCGAGGAGUGGGCCCAGCUUGCGGCCAUUGGUUGUGCGGCCCGGAGGGGCGGGGGGACGACGCGCGGGCUGUGCAGAGCCUGCAGCCCCGGUCCAUUCCGGCUGCGCCCGCUGCUAGCCGUGCGCCCAGGCUGCCCGCCGCGCCCCUGCGCCCGACAUUCCCGAGGAGUGCUUCGCGGGUGCGGAUCGUCCAGCCCGGAGCAUCGCCCCACCGCGAACGCAGGAGCCCGGCCCGGGAAGUCGCGUGUCCUGACCUGCAGUGUCAAUGCACACCUGAUCCCCUGCUGCCUUUGAGAAACAAGAAGUUUUGUUGUGCUGAUUUAACAGCCUGUGAUUUCUGCAAACACGACCGUGAAAAAAAAUGCCAAUCUGUCCUGUGUAAUCCCUGUGUGAAGUUUUGACUUUAAUCUAACAGUUCAUUCCUUCACCCUCCAUAAAGAUGUCUGAACCUGACACUUCCUCGGGGUUUUCAGGAAGUGUGGAGAAUGGAACUUUUCUUGAGCUGUUUCCCACAUCCCUGUCCACAUCAGUGGACCCAUCCUCAGGCCACCUGUCAAAUGUCUACAUCUAUGUGUCCAUAUUCCUCAGCCUUUUAGCAUUUUUGCUUUUGCUUUUAAUCAUUGCCCUCCAGAGGCUCAAAAAUAUCAUCUCCUCCAGUUCCUCCUACCCAGAGUAUCCAAGCGACGCUGGAAGUUCUUUCACCAAUUUGGAAGUCUGCAGCAUUUCCUCUCAGAGGUCCACUUUUUCAAACCUUUCAUCCUGAGAAAAAUGGAAGAGUCCUUGAGUGUGGUAGCAGCUCUGGCGUCCCCUUAUGGAAGUGUCGUGUGAAGCGUUGCCUGAUGAAAGAAAUGACCCUUUUGAUGUAGACCUGCUUCUUCUUCUCCUUUAUCUUGAUUUCUUUUCUAUUCAUGAUGCUUUUCAUUUGGGGAUGGAGAUGCUGAUGCUGGUGGAAAUGUGUGCAAAACCGAAGGUGCAGAGUUUCACACAAACGGCUUGCUGAAUCUGGAGUGGUCUUCUUCGUGCAGGUCAGUUCAUUCCACUUUGUUGGGUGCCGUAGAUUCAUCUGAGGCGGCCUCUCCGAGGAUGCUGGACAUGGACUCUUGCAUUUCAUUUCUUUUACAAAACCAUGAAAUCAACUGAGCCUGCAGAAACUGGAAAAUCAAGUCUGACCUACGUAGAAGAUAUUUUCCAUAUUUAAAAGAUAAAGUGGAGACACCAAAUUUAAAAAGGAAGAGAGUCAAUUUAGAUUUACUGUAUAGCAUUUCUAAAACUGAGGGUAAAUAUAUGCUAAACAUUUUCUUUAAUUUCAGUUUAACAAGUGAAAAUCACACUUAUUGAUAAAUGUAAGUCAUUUGGAAAAGUUUUGGAAGAGUUUACAUUUUAAUAGCAAGACACACAUGUAUUAUGAUGCAGUCUGUAAUGUAUUUCUGCCUCCUGGAGUUUUAUUUUGUUUUUCUGCUUAUGUUUUAGUCAUAAUUCCCUAAAGUUGUGGAAUUCUUUGUGAUUAAUUGCUGUUACUAGUACUAAGAGGAGCACCAGAAGAGAUGCCAAGAAGUUUUUAUAUGAAUAAUUUCUAUCAGUGAGAAUUAAGCAUAUGGAAAAUAUUCAUUUAGUUGUAUUUUAUACAGUAAUAACUCUUAGCUGUCAUGUAAGUUCCUUGAUUCAGUUUCAUAGUCUUUAUAAUUUUAGUGCAGAAUUAUAUUAGGCCUCCAAGAUGUCUGAUAUUUGUUCACUCACAUUAGGUUGCCAAACUUAGAGACUAAAUUAGAAAUAUAUGUGUUAUUAUAUACUCCACGAAUGUCUCGUCUCUGAUAAUUAGUUGUUGUAUGUUAAAAUAAUACUCUACAUUAGGAUUUCAGGAUGUGAGUUUGUAUUAAAAAUUGUAGGCACUCAAGUUGUGUAGCUGCCGGGAGGGUUAGGGAUCCUAGGAGCUGCUGUGCUACAGGCAGCCAGUUAUGUCUGAACUUGGCUGGGGGGUGGGAGGGGCAGUCUGUGAAAUUAGGCACACACGUGAGCUCUGACAUUGAAUGUGGGAGAACUCAAGCUGCCCCUAAAAACAAAACGAACUGCAGCUCCUUACGAGUAAGAAUUUUAAUUUAAUUUUAAGAAUAAAUGGCCCACAGGGUAAACACUGAACUUACUCAACCUACAGAAGGCCACUGCAUCAACAUGCCACCAUCUUCCCAUAGCAACUGAAUCAUUCCUUGUUCAAAACAUUUAAUAAUCUUAAGCAGUGAGGCUUCCACACAUUCUUUGGUUGGAUUGUGCAGUCAGCACUCUCCAGUGAUUAGAAUGGGGGAAAGAAUACACUAUUUGUACAGGGUUUAUCUUUAUCAGUCUAAAAUGCUGAGAGAGUGGAGGUCUGGGAAUGAAAAUUAGAAGGCUGCUUCUUCUUUUAUUCAUAAGCCUCACUUAAAUCAGACCACAUUUAACUAUUUAUAUACCAAAAAUGUCCCCAAACAUCAUAAGACCAGAACAGAGUUGCUGCCCUAAAAUGUAUAAUUAGUGAAAAAUUUGCCUCUACUGUUUAAAGCAUGGCAGUAGGUUGGGUGUUAUUACGUAGUAUAAAAACUGGACUAGAUAAACUGCUAUUUUAGCACAUUAUUAGCCUUCUCUGAGUGUAUAUAUAUAUAUAUAUGUGUGUGUAUACACACACACACACACACACACACAUAUACACUCAUAUACUCCCAAUUAAAAGUAGCGUGAAAGCUACACAGAAUUACAGAGACAUCUAUAUUAUCACUUUUGCUCUUCGACUAAUCCUGUGCUGUUUUGGUUAUAGAGAGAAAAAAGGACAUGGGUGGAGUGAUUUUUUUUAAAUAAAAGGACGAAUUUGCCACACAACAGAACAAUCUGAGUAUGAUCCGUCCUCAGGGUACCUUUUUAUCCUUUCCUUGUGAAAGAGAUACAAAGAUAUCUGACAACAAAACUACUUUAAAAAUCAGAUCAAAUCAAAUCCACAAGCACACUCCCAUUCCUCCCCUGCUGUAAUGGUUCUUGCUCUCAACGUUAAGUAGGGAAAUUAAGAGCCACAUUCAAAGAUGUAAAACAGGAUUUGUCAUUAGAAGCUUGCCAAGGUAACAGAUUGUACAAGUUGAGAUGAAUUCAUGUUGUUUAAGAAGUUCAGAAAGGUUGGAAGAUGGGUUUAUAAAUAAAGAAGUGGAGUCCAUUGAAA